UGGAAAGAUGAGUCUCUCAGCCAAGGACAAGAAAACAGUGAAGACUUUCUGGGCCAAAGUAUCUUCCAAUGGUGAGGCCAUUGGCGCAGAUGCUCUGUCCAGGAUGCUGGCGGUUUACCCACAGACCAAGACCUACUUCUCCCACUGGAAGGACCUGAGCCCUGGCUCUGCCCCGGUUGUGAAGCACGGAGCCACAGUGAUGGCUGGAGUUGCUGAUGCUGUGGCCAAAAUCGACGAUCUGACAUCAGGUCUCCUUAGCCUCAGUGAGCUGCAUGCCUUCACUCUGAGAGUGGAUCCCUCCAACUUCAAGAUCCUCUCCCACAACAUCCUUGUGGUCUUGGCCAUCAUGUUCCCCACCGACUUCACCCCUGAGGUCCAUGUGGCCAUGGAUAAAUUCCUGGCUGCUGUGGCCCGUGCUCUGUCUGAGAAAUACAGAUAAACUGCAAACUGGAGCAGGAGAUGGUGGACAGCA